AUGACGGUAGAUGGCACUCUCCACAAGUUCCCCUGCCCUGAAAACUGCCACUGCAACAAACAAAAGUUCAUGGUCGUCUGCUCCAAUGAAAAAUUAACAAAAAUUCCCAAACUUUCGCCCCUGACAAGAAUUUUAAACUUGGAUAUCAACAGUCUGGAUAGUCGAUUGCCAGAUAAAAUUUUCAAUUCCUUCCAGCAUUUGACAAAACUGUACAUCGAAUAUUGUGAUAUAUCUUCAUUACCACUAAAUGCUUUCCAGGGUCUACACGCGUUAGAGAAGUUGUCAUUAAAAAAUAACAUUAUAAAGUACGACUGCGAUGAGUUGAAUAAAUUGCAGUACCUCCACAAUUUGGAAAUGCUUGAUCUUGCUAACAAUCAUUUUGUUGACAUUAAUUCUCAAUGUUUUUCAUCACUCAGCAGUCUGAAGUCGCUGGAUGUUUCAGGUAACCCCUUCUAUUGCUCAUGUUCUCUCCCGGAUUUUGCCUUAUGGUUA